AUGGGAGCUUUGAUAUAUGCUCAAAAUCCCCUCAUAGAAGUUUCCGUGGCCAGCAAUGAUAUUGGUUUUACUUAUUGGGACGACCGCCUGCCUUCAGGUGAGGUAAUGGUAGGAGAUGAAGUCAAAAGGGGUAUCGCAUGGGUGAUAGUACAGGGCCAGCCCGCCGGACGUUUCGGUCAUGGUGCUAUGGGUGCCGAUAGUAACAAGGAAAGUGAGAGUUAUAUCGAACUCGUCAAAACAGUUUUCCGAGUUGGCAAUGAUCGACCGACGUAUACACGACCGAGGAUGAACGACGAUGAGAUCGACUGGAAAUGGGAUAUCACGUAUCCGUUCCAGCCCGUGGGCUCCAAGGUACAGUUUUUGGGUCGCAUCGAGGCUCCAAUUCCGCACGAGCAACUCUUCCCUGGCGAUACGGACCACGAUAAAGUUGAAGCGCACUUCAUAUUUUCCAUACGACCCGAGGGCCAACUUUUGAAGGUCGACGCCUUUCUCAAGCUUGACGACGAUGAACGACUGAUGCUUCAAAAGUCGUAUGUGCCCGCCGCCAGUUGGACUCUCCCUUCCGAACGGAAUUUCGAAGAAGGCCGCUAUGGCGACGGGAAAAAUUCGCUCUUGGUGGACAGAAAGCCACGCAGACCACGAAGAGGGAAGCAAAUAUCACAGCCUACUAUUGUUUCAGAACGGCUGGUCACAGCCGGUUCUCUGCCCGGCAGCACACCCGAAUCGCAUUCCCAAACGGAAGCUGUCGUGCUGUCCCCUAUCGUUUCUCCAAGGAAAAGUGUUGGAACAAGUGUGUCAAGUGCGACCCGUCAAACUAAGAAGCGGAGGCCCGAUACUUUCACAUUUCCCCCACCGAUGAGCUACCGGGACCCCGUCGAGUUAUUCGGCGAAGAAUAUCUCUUACUAGCAUAUGUGACUACCCCGGAACCUCAUCACCCACGAAAAAGUAUCCCCUUGGGACGGAUUUCUAACGGUCACCACAGUGCAGACAUCUUCGACCGACGAGUGACUAUAAGGCCACGGAGCGACAGGGUGUAG